AUGAAAGGACAGACAGAAGAGCAAAGCAGACUCAUAACAGGAGGAGACUCACUCAUGGCCUAUGAGACAGGCCUAUGCUUUCCUGCCAUCAACUCUUCAUGUAUGAAAGGCAAACGCUCCAGACAUGAAUAUAAUAUCAUGUAUGUGUUUUUUUCAUUGCUGUCAGCAUGGACUGUGUUUCUGAAUCUGCUGGUGAUCAUCUCCAUCUCUCACUUCAAGAAGCUUCACACUCCAACCAACCUGAUCAUUCUCUCUCUGGCUGUGGCCGACAUACUUACUGGACUUAUUGUUAUGCCUUUGGAGGCCAUUAAACUGAUUGAGACGUGCUGGUACUUUGGCAAUACUGCCUGUGGACUGUUUACUAUUACCCUUGGUGUGAUUAUUUCAGCAUCUCUUAGUAAUUUGGUUUUAAUUGCUGUUGAUCGUUAUGUGGCUUUGUGUCACCCUUUACGGUAUCCACAGAAAAUAACCAAAACCAAAACCUUAAUGACCAUCUGUCUCUGCUGGUUUUGCUCUUCAGCUUAUAUAAGUGCCCUUUUUUGCAGCAACAGACGUUCUGACUCUUCAGACAAAAUAGAUGUGUGUUAUGGAGAGUGUUCUUUCAUGAUGAGUUUUACAUGCACAGUCAUUGAUCUGUUUGUGUCCAUGCUUCUUCCUUCUACCCUGAUCAUAGCUUUAUAUUUGAAGAUAUUUCAUGUUGUACAUCAGCAAGUAAAAGUUAUAAACUCUCUGAGGAAGGGCGGUAAACGUGUAAGGGAGGAUUUGGUGGGGAGAAAAUCGGAGAGAAAAGCUGCUUUCACAUUAGGAAUCAUUGUAGCAAUUCAUCUUCUCUGUUGGUUACCUCUCUAUAUUUUUUUUCUGGCAGGGAAUACAAUGAUGUCUUCUGUAAUAGUGAAUUUUCUAAGAUGGGUCUACUAUAUUAACUCAGGCCUAAAUCCUCUUAUCUAUGCUUUAUUUUACCCUUGGUUUAGAAAAUCAGUUACAUGCAUUCUAUCACUGAAAAUAGUUCAACCAGCAUCUUCUCUGGUGGACAUUUUUUCAAAUUAUUACUCAUAA